AUGAAACGUCAGCCACGUACAAAUCCAUUUCAAUGUAACAUUUCACUUUUAGUUAGUAAAGAUUCAUUCGAUUUUUCUGUAAUAACUUUAAGACACCAUGGCUGCGAAGUUAUUAUCUUUCCUUCUCCUUAUUGCUGCUGCAAGAAUUUGGAUAUUCUCAUCAAGUACACCCUCUAUAACGUCGGAACUGCUCCUGCGGUAGACGUUAAGCUUGUGGAUAAAGGCUUUCAUCCUGAAGUGUUUGCAGUUGUUGGUGGACAACUCACAGCACACAUAGACAGGAUACCCCCUCAAACUAAUGUUUCGCAUGUAGUCACUGUGAGAUCAAACACAUAUGGCUACUUCAACUUUACUGCUGCAGAGGUUACAUACAGGUCUAGUGAAGAUGCUACUGAGGUACAAUAUUCUAUAAGCAGUGCUCCAGGCGAAGGCUUCAUUGCUGCGUUUAAAGACUAUGAUCGCAAGUUCUCUUCACACAUUAUGGAUUGGGUUGCAUUUGCCGUUAUGACUUUACCAUCACUUGCCAUCCCCUUUGGACUCUGGUACUCCUCAAAGAGCAAAUAUGAAAAACUCGCUAAACCCAAAAAGGCACAUUAG